AUGAGCACUCCACCCUCGGCAUAUGCCUUCCCCGGCCUCCUCCUCCUCCUACUCCUCGGCGGAGCGGUCAUCGUCUCCGCCGAGAAUAACAAAGACUGCCACCCAAGCGAUAAGGCCGCGCUUCUCGUUGUCAAGUCUGCCUUCGGCAACCAGAGCCACUUCGCCUCGUGGACUCCUUCCACCCCGUGCUGCGAACGGCACGACGCCACUUGCAACGACGCCGGUCGCGUCAUCUCCCUCCUCUUCUUCGUGGAUUUCACCCUUACGGGCACCAUCCCGGACGCCAUGUCCGGCCUCAUCGAGCUUCUCGUCCUCAACCUCUAUUACCUCCCGGCCAUCUCCGGCCAUAUCCCCAAGGGAAUCGCCAAGCUAUCCAAACUCACCUCGCUCAGCAUCUCUCUCACCUCCGUUUCGGGCCCCGUUCCGUCCUUCCUGGGCGCACUGACCAAGCUCGGAGUGAUAGAUCCUAUGGAUCGUGGUAGGCUAGAUAUUUCCGGUAACCUACCUUCCUUGGGUGCGGAUGAGCUCGAUCCAGAGCCGGCCAUGGUGAUGUAG